UACCAGACAAGCCCCGAGACUUGAGACUCGAGACUCAAGAACACGUCUCCAGCCAUGGAGCCGGAAAAGAAGAAAUCCUCCUCAAAGACGUCGUCGAGCAAAGACAAGCGGCCAAAGGACAAGGACAAGGACGAGUCCAAGACGCACAAGCUCUCGCUCAAGGGCAGCUCAAGGCUGGUCGCCGAAUUUUUCCAAUACUCGAUACACACAAUCCUAUUCCAGCGCGGCGUCUACCCAGCCGAAGACUUUACAGCCGUCAAGAAAUAUGGCCUCAACAUGCUCGUCUCCGCCGACGACCAAGUCAAAGCCUACAUCAAGAAAAUCAUGAGCCAGCUCGACAAGUGGAUGGUCGGCGGCAAAAUCUCCAAGCUCGUCAUCGUCAUCACCGACAAGGACACGGGAGAGCACGUCGAGCGCUGGCAAUUCGAUCAACAGCAACAGCAACAAGAAAACUCCUCUUCCGCAUCCGCCGCAACCCCCCUCUUCGCCGAAAAAGACAAGCCCGAAGCCGAGAUCCAGGCCGAAAUCGCCGCCAUCUUCCGCCAAAUCACCGCCUCCGUCACCUUCCUCCCCCAGCUCACCGGUGACUGCACCUUCAACGUGCUCGUCUACGCAGACGCAGACAGCGACGUCCCCGUCGAGUGGGGGGACUCGGACGCAAAGGAGAUUCAGAACGGCGAAAGGGUCCAGCUGAGAGGGUUCAGCACCGCGAAUCAUCGCGUCGACACUAUCGUCAGCUACAGGUUGGGCGAUUGAAACGAGACAAGAAGGCUUUUUGUAUAAGGUACUUUUAUGGGACUGGGAAAGGGAUGCAUGGUUCGAGAUUGCUUGGCUUUGGAACGGCGUUGAACGGGGAUUUAUCGGUGCAUCAUACAGCCUUUUUCAGGACGCCCCCCCAAGUAUGGGCCAAAUAUACGGAUGCAUAAACU